CAUUACUUGAAGGAGUGUCUAUGUGCAAUGCAUCCUUCUCCUACUGAAUCAAUCGAAGAAUUGAGUCUUCAAUACGAAGACGAUAGAAAUGCAAUGAUUGCAGUAGCUGAUAAAGACAAUUUCAUAACAUAUGAUGAGUUCUACGAUGAGCUUGACAAUAGAUUGGGAAUAGAACAAUCGAUGAAUAUGAUUUUCUUCGGCCCGCCAAGUUCUUUUUUAAGACUUGACGCCGACUCAAUUUUACACAUAUUAACGCAGACAAAGAAAUACAUGAUACCCAUCGGUAGAGCCUUACUAGCAUGGGAUAUUAUAACUGAUGGAAAAACUGCUGCCUUUUUGCAAGGUCGUGAGUAUUUAGCUUUUGGAUCAUUAUUGGAUGUAGUGCCAGAAGAGGACUUGUAUUAUGUUAAUUUUGGAGACCCAUCAGUUCUCAAUCAUUUCGCUUCGCAUUUCAUCAAAUUACAACCCAGAAAGUAUGGUAUUCUAGCAUCAGCCUACAGACGGUAUUACGGCGACUCAUGGUAUCACAACAGUUCCUUUAUCAAUGAACUCGGCUACCUACUCUGCGGAUUCCCACCUUCAGACUUAGCAAAAAUAUCUCCUACUACCUUCAAAGAAAUAAGCUUCGAAACCCUUAGCAAAACUGGAAAAUGUAACAUAAAACAGGCUAAGGCUCUUUAUUCUAUAGCUAUUCAUCAUGACGCUUAUGGCGAACCAUAUAAAUGGUCAUCGCAUGAAAUUGGUAGACUUAGUGCUUUAUUCACGUGUAUACCUAAAAUUGAUAUUAGCUCGAUUCAACUUGAAGCCGUGACAGCUAUUAGUCCGGAAGUUUUGACUGCAAUGAAUAAAGAAAAAUUAGAGUACUUCACAAAACAACAAAUACUACGAAUGAAUCCCAAAACUCGAAAGAUUUAUAUUUUGAGAAUGCAAUUAAAGAAUACUUACAACAUGAAUGACGUAGCAAGACAGGGCGGUAAUAGCAGAACAAAUAACCAAAAUAUUGUUUUGCCAUUUCCUUUAAUUAUUGUCACCCUUACAUACUUCGAUUUUUAA